GGCUCGCCCGGCCUGCUCGGCGGGCCCCAGACAAAGGAAGGAAACGGGGACGAAGCGGGACGAGGAGGCCGGCGGCAGCCCCGGUUCGUUCCCUCCCGCCCCGGGCGAGCGCGGCCGCCGCAUCCUCCUUCGCUCGGUCGGAGCCAACUCCCGGCAGCGGGCGAAGUAAGCCGCGCCGCGGGUGGGAGGGCACCGAGCAAGGCCGGUGUGCGACAGAGGAGGGAGAAGCGGCGGCGGAAGGAAGAGAAGGAAAGAGAGAAAGAGAGAGGAGCGGGGCCGGUGGCUCACCAGGAUCCGCUUGAAGAGGUUGCUCUCCUUGGGCGGCAGCGGCACGGACGGCAUGGUGGUGGGAAAAAAAAGAAACAAAAUGAAACCUUUCCAAAGUGUCUGUCUUUUCAAGAGCCUGCUUGCCAAUUGCUACUGUCAUGGUCAACUUCACAGCUGUCUUCUCCCUCCUGUUGCAAAGAAGAUAGGUUAUGUGGUGGGACUACACAACUGGGAAUUUUGGAGGCCAAAAUCUUUAUUGGACACAGCAAGAUUCACUCUGUCUUUUAAAAGUUGGCAUAGGAAAAAACAUCAGGAUUCUCGAGCAUUGUGGAAGCAUGAGGCUGUGCAGAAGUAUCUGGAGACUCUAAGCAAGGAAUACCAGCAAGUUAGUCAUCUGUUAAAUGCUGACUCAAUAAAUGACUUUGAGCAAAGAACCCUGAGGAGAAGAUGUGCCGAUCUGUCCCCAAUUGCAGCUGCAUUUCAAGAAAUCAAAGAGGCUGAAAGAGAAGUUCAGGAGUUAGAAGCUAUGUGCAGAGAGCUAGACAGCAGAGAUGAGAAACAACUUCUAGAGCUUGCCUUAGAAGAGAAGGAAACCCUGGAUAAACAAAUCAACAUGUUGUGCAGAAAGCUUUUCCAGCUUCUAGUGCCAAAGGAAAAAUAUGAUAGAAGUCAUGUCGUAUUAGAAGUGACAGCUGGCAGAACAACUGGAGGAGACAUCUGCCAACAGUUCACUAAAGAAAUGUUUGAGAUGUACCAGAACUAUGCAGACUAUAAACAUUGGACCUUUGACAUUGUGAACUAUACGCCGGCUGAGAUAGGUGGGUUGCAUCAUGCUGCUGCUCAUAUUUCAGGAGAUGAUGUCUACAGGCAUCUGAAAUAUGAAGGAGGGACUCAUCGAGUCCAGAGAAUCCCUGAGACGGGACUAUCAUCAAGAAUGCAGCGUAUUCACACUGGGACAAUGUCAGUUAUUGUCCUCCCUCAGCCAGAGGAGGUUGAUGUUAAAGUGGAUCCCAAAGAUUUGCGUAUAGAUACAUUCAGGGCCAAAGGAGCAGGCGGGCAACAUGUUAACAAAACUGAUAGUGCUGUGAGAAUUGUACACCUUCCCACAGGACUGGCAGUUGAGUGCCAGCAGGAGCGAUCACAGCAGAUGAACAAGGAAAUAGCCCUGCGGACACUGAGAGCUAAGCUGUACCAGCAGAUCAUUGAAAAACAGCUAAGUCAAGAGCAGAGUGCCAGAAAACUGCAGUUGGGAACAAGAGCCCAGUCAGAGAGAAUUCGUACUUACAACUUCACCCAGGACAGAGUCACUGACCACAGGAUCUCGUAUGAUGCACGCAAUAUCAGGGAAAUUCUAAGUGGGAAAGAAGCACUGGAUAAGCUGAUCAACAGACUGCUGGAGUUUGCAGAGAUAGAGGCUAUCACCGAAUAUCUAGAAAAUUUGCAGGCUUUAGAAGGAGGAGGCUGCUGAAGACCUUGUGUAGAGUUAAAGCAAAAAUGUUAAGUUCCGUCGCAAAACAAAACAGAUGCAUUUGCUAGAUGAUAGACUGAUUAAAAUCUAUGCCUCUGUUUUUCA